UCUGUGUAUUAACGUAUGUGUGUUUAUUAAAGUUUUUAUUGAUCCCAGUUUGUGUUAAUGCGUAACAAUUAUGUCUCGUAAAGAUUUGACGUUGGUUGAAAAAAUUUCCAUUUUGGACAAAAUUAAGGCUCAACCUCAUAGUCUUCGUGAGUUAGAGAAAUUAAUAGGCACGUCUAAAUCGGUACUAAGCCGAUUGAAAAAUAAUGAAAAAGCUAUUCGUGAACAAUGGGAAAAAUUAAACGACAGCAAUAGUGCACCUGUAAACAGAAAAAGAAAGCGGGAAGGCAAAGAUCCCGAAGUAGACAAAGCUAUCAACGAAUGGUUUUUCUGCUGUUACAGAACGUGGUGUUCGUAUUUCGGGCCCCAUGUUACAGCAGAAAGCUGA